CGUUCACAAAUCUCACAUCGCAAUCGGUAGCCAUGCCAGAGAAGCACUCGAACAAUCCUUAUUAUCAGCAAUCAGAAUACCCUGCGCCUCCGCAGCAAUCGUACCCAGCCCCUCUUGGUCCCCCGCCAGAAUACCUGCAGCCGUCUAGUGGCCACCCUCCCCAAGGGUAUGCACCCUACCCACAGGAAGCCUCUCGCUCCGCCGCGUACGAUCCUACCACCAUUCCCUCAACGCACUUAAACCGUACACCAUCACCCAAUGGAAGGGAAGGGGGGUUGUCUCUUGCAUCGUUUUUCGGGAAUCAGGGACCUCCGUCCUCGUGGCAGCGUCCACCCCCAUCCAACAUGCCGUACAAUCAAUUCCCGCCGAUGUGUUUGAUCUCCAACGGAAAGGACUUGGCGAAGGGCUUCCCGGAGCUCCCACCCCCUUGUCAGCUCGCCCCGCACCCGUUCGCGACCCACGAUGUCGCCGAAGAAGAUUGGAAGCGAUUCCUGGCGGACGUGAAGAAGGGUGCUUCGCUGUCUGGUGCACAACGUAUCAAAUCUAACGUUAUCCCUGUGGUUGCUGGACUGGGUUUCCUCGGAGGUCUGUUUAUGACCCACGCAAUCGAGAAUAGGAUGAAAUCCAAGAAUCGCACUGCUGCCGGAGAUGUCGUUGAUCACUGGAACCACUACUUCUUUGGCCCUCGCAGAAUGGAGGUCGUCCUCUGUCAGGAUUCCGAACGUCUGAGUGGACGCGAAGGUCCUGCUCCCAAGUUUUGGGAUCCACAGCAACGACACAUGGUCAACAACCUCCGCCGUCGCGGGAGCUCGUCCUCUUCGUCCUCUUCGUCCUCUUCGUCUUCGUCCUCUUCGUCUUCGUCGUCUUCGUCUUCGUCUGAUUCCAAGGAUGGCCAUCGCCGUCACCGUGGGAAUGGACACUCUCACAAUGAUUACAAGGCUCAGCGACGGGCUUGGAAAGCGGAAAGGAGGGCUGACAGAGGUGCAAGGCGUGCAGAGAGGCGGGCGAGGAAGGACGAGAGGCGCGCCAGGAAGGCUAGGGGUGAAUACGAGGAGCCAUACCAGCUUUUCGUCCAACCUGUAUGAUAGAAUGCGUGUUGUUCGAAGGGCCGGCGUUUUAAUCGACUCACACUCCAUGUAAUCACUACUGCUGCAUGUCCGUGGGCUUUUUGUUCUGUGCUUUACUUCUGCAACGCGUCCAACUUCACGUGACCUACAUUAGU